AUGGCUGAUGUCGCAGAAAACAUAUGGAAUAUUACUGAUCUGUGGGACUGGCUUAAUGAAUUUUUAAAUUCCACUGGCAUGCCACCCACAGAAAAAGAUCUUAGCCCCUGUAGCACAGAAACAGAGACACUCAACAAGUAUGUUGUGGUUGCCAUUUAUGCCCUAGUAUUCCUGCUGAGUCUGCUGGGCAAUUCCCUGGUGAUGCUGGUCAUCUUAUACAACCGGGCCACCUGCUCCGUCACAGAUGUCUAUCUGCUGAACCUGGCCAUGGCUGACUUGUUUUUUGCCCUGACACUACCCUUCUGGGCUAUCUCCAGGACAAAUGGCUGGAUUUUUGGCACACCAUUAUGCAAGGUGGUCUCGCUCCUGAAGGAAGUCAACUUCUACAGUGGUAUCCUACUGCUGGGCUCCAUCAGUGUGGAUCGCUACCUGGCCAUUGUCCAUGCCACACGCACGUUGAUCCAGAAGCGCCACUUGGUCAAAUUCAUAUGUUUGGGCAUCUGGGGACUGUCUCUGAUUCUGUCCCUGCCUUUUUUCCUUUUCCGUAAGACCUAUCAUCCACCCUCUUCCAGCUUUGAAGUCUGCUAUGAGGACAUUGGUAACAACAAUACAACAAAAUGGAGGCUUGUGCUCCGGAUCCUGCCCCAGACCUGUGGCUUCAUCCUGCCACUGCUGGUCAUGCUGUUCUGCUAUGGAUUCACCCUGCGCACACUGUUGGAGGCCCACAUGAGGCAGAAGCACAAGGCCAUGAGGGUCAUCUUUGCUGUCGUGCUCGUCUUCUUAUUCUGCUGGCUGCCCUACAACCUGGUUCUGUUCACAGACACUCUCAUGAGGACUGGGGUGAUCGAGGAGACCUGUGCGCGUCGGAAAGACAUUGGCCGGGCGCUAGAUGCCACUGAGAUUCUGGGCUUUCUCCACAGCUGCCUCAACCCUCUCAUCUACGCCUUCAUUGGCCAGAAUUUUCGCAAUGGAUUCCUCAAGAUCCUGGCAACCCAUGGCCUGGUCAGCAAGGAUUUCUUGGCACGCCAUCAUAUUACUUCUUACACUUCUUCCUCUGUCACUGUCUCUGCAAACCUCUGA